GGGGGAGUCGGAGCACUCCUACAUCUGCCGCAUGGAGCAGGAGGUGCAGCACGUCCUGUUCCUCACCGAGAACCAGCUCCAGCGGGAGCCUGAGCGGGAGGACACGGCUCCGGAGAAAUCCCAGAGGAAAAAAGAGUUUCAGAGAAAGAAGCUGGAAAAAGCUCGGAAGAAGAAAGAGGAGAAGAAGGAGGACAUGCUGGAGAAGAGCCUGUUCCAAGACACGGUGGCGUUUGGGGAGGUGGUGACACAGCCACCCACCAUCACCUCGCGGCCCCGGGGACGGGGUCCUGCCGAGCAGGCUGGACGGAAGCAGCUCCUCCUGACACCUUGGCUGGGCCAGAGCCAGGCGUCCCCCACGUCCCCCGCGUCCCCGGUGAUGUCCAUGGCUCGCCGGCGCAUCGUGGAGGAGGAGCGGGCACGGGUCAUCCAGGCCUACAGGGACAUCCAGAGGCGGAAACAGCUCCAGCGGGAGCGUUCCCAGGCCGGGCACGGGGCCCCACACUGAGCCCACCCGCAGGGGCUGUGCAUUGCUGAUCGCUCUGCAGGGACCCUGGGACUCGCAGGGGACAUUGCCGGGAUGCUCUCGUGUUGCUGCCGAGCCCUGGGACUCCCAAAGACUGCCCAGAGUGGGGUCCCUGCGGUGCCAUGGACCUGCUUGGAGUAAAAGUGCCAGUGGGAGCUGA